UAUGGCGGACCUCCAUUAGGUAAAGGCACACUGAGAUUUAGUAUUUUCGAGCCUGUUUGCCAGCCGCUGAUAAAAAUAGUGUGCGAACCAAAGUAUUUGGGAUCUUUUGCGAAUACUUAAAAACCAAACUAGCCAUAUAGAUCGAAAGUUGACCACAAUGCAGUCCGGCCCAACUCCAGGUCAACAACAGGCGAUGGAAGUAAAACAGUUUCAAAACUUUUUGCAGUACUACAACAAAUUGACAGAGUUGUGCUUCACAGAUUGCAUUCAUGACUUCACCAACAGAAAGAUUUCAACAAAUGAGAAUAAUUGUGCCAUACAUUGUAGUGAGAAGUUUUUGAAAGUUAUGCAGAGAAUCGGAGUCAGAAUACAAGAAGUUCAAGUGAUGCAAAAUGAGGGUAUCCUUGGUGCUCCUGACCCUCCUAAAUAAUACUUGAACAUUCAGUGAGCUGGACUCUCAGCUACAGACUUAAGUCUUGAUUAAUACAGAAUAGAUAUGAUAUUUUAUAAUUGAAUCAAGAGAUUUCACCUGGUUGGAUUUGCUUGCGCAUGGAAGCUUAUGGUGCAAUCAUGUGCUUAGCCUGUUAAACUGAAGACAGCCUUUUGUUGAAAGUGAAAUGAACACUCACUUGAGCCACGUUAUUGGACAGAUAAUGAAUAAAAGUGACCUUUUACUCUU